AUGAAUACUAGUGAGAAGAGCAGUGAAGAAGCUGCUGCCACCUUAUUGGCGAUGUCGGAAAACAAAACGUCAAACACAGGAACUGGAUCUCCAAAAUUUUUGACAGCUCCUCCGCCGGGCUUUAUGACUCCUCCGCCUACACCACAAGUUGCGAGUGAAAUGCAACAGCUGAUUACUGCAAUGACCAAUCUUAUGCAACAAAAUGCUACCAUGAUGAAUGCAGUAAACAAAAACAUGGCACAACAACAACCUCAACAAUUAUACAACGUGCUCCCAGAUUUGUCUCACAAUAUGUCCGACUUCGAUGGAUUAGCAGGCCCAUCAAAUGCCAAAGUAUGGCUAAAACAACUCGAAUCGACUGCGAACCUUCACCGAUGGACACAUGCAAUUGCGUUUGAGACUGCUCGAUCGCAUUUGACAAAGGCAGUCAAAAAUUGGUAUUUAGCACACAUAGAUACCAUUGUGGAUUGGACUACGUUUCGAAAAGCGUUCGCUUCGACCUUCAUGCUAGAGAAGACUAUUACUGAAAGAUGGCAGGAAAUGCAGAAUAGGAAUCAGCGCCAAGGAGAAAAUACGGCUGAGUAUUUUUUUGAUAAACUUCGACUCUGCAAAGCGUUAGACAUGAAAUUAGAUGAGACUAAAACACAAAUUGCAGUAGGGUUGUGGUCGAAGGAAAUUAGUACUGCAAUCAUAUCCCGUAAUCACAUUGACGUGGACGAGUUGCUUAGGAGCAUCACCGAACUGGAGAAUCUGGAGGCCGCCAGAAAACUUCGAAUCAACAUGAGCCGAGAUAUUUCAAGAAAUCAACGUAGUAAUAAUUUUGUACCUGGAGUAAAAGGUGAGAAUCGACCAGGUUAUCAGCGAGAGAGUGAUCAGCAGAGCGAGGAUAAGAGUGGUUUUCAUCCUAGUUCGUCUACUUCCAGGAAUAUCAGUGGUGAAACAGUGAAUGGGAGUUCCGAAUGCUUGAUUCGAGAAUCGGUUGUCGAAAAAUCAGGUUUUAAAUUUAUUAAACAUCAAAAUGAGAUAGAAGGAUUCGGUGUUGGGGGUACAAUAUCCGAAGGAUAUGUGAUAGAAGAUUUGACAGUCGAUGGAUGUAGAGCCGUAAAUGUGCGUUUACGUGUAGUUAACGAUAAAGUGCAACAAUAUGAUUUGAUAAUUGGUCGAAAUUUUACGGAUUUACCUCAAUUUGCUUACUAUCGAAUAGAUGGAAAUUUUGUUUUUAUUUCGCGAGAAGAAUUCCCGUUUCAAAAUUUUUCGGAAAUUGGGGGCGAACUUAAACAGAAUACGACUGCGACAGUUCUAGAAAACAUGCGUUUACCAAGGGCAACUGUCAGUUUCAUCCGAGUAAAUUGUAAUGAUCAAGAACUUUCCUUACCGAUAACGAAUCAUAGUUCACACGAUGUGAUGAUUGAGAAGGGGAGUGUUCUUCAAACAGAUAUAGUGUCCUUUAAUGAGGUUCCCGAAUUAAAACCGCGAUAUAUUCCAAUUGUUGAGGAAGAUUUAACUAAUCAAUCAACAUUAGAUUCAGACCGAAAGAUAGAGUUAUUGACCUUAUUAAAUAAAUACAGAACGUGUUUUGCUAUGGAUAUGACAGAAUUAGGUUGCACUCAUUUACUAAAAAUGGACAUUCGUUUAAAACCCGGAAGUGAACCGCUUUAUUCUAAACCGUACCCGACAAAUAAUGAUAAACGAGAAAUAAUUAAAGGUAAAGUUCGCGAAUGGAAAGAAAAUAAAAUUGCUAAAGAGACAAGUGCUGCGUAUGCAAGCCCGUGUGUGUUAAUUAUGAAACCGGAUGGAACGUACCGUUUAGUAAUCGAUUACCGUAAACUAAACAGUAUAACAGUGCGAAUGAAUUUUCCGCUUCCGAACAUUGACGAUGGAUUAGAAAAAUUACACGGAGCGACAAUUUUCGCGAUACUCGAUUUUGCAUUGGGCUAUUUACAAAUGCCCUUGACGGAAGAGGCAAAGGAGAAGACGGCCUUCAUCACCCAAGAUGAAACUGGACAAUUUGAACGAGCGAUUUUUGGGUUGAUGAACGCCCCCUUCUACUUUGCGAAACUAAUGAAAAUUAUUUUCGGUCCAUACGGUAAUGAUUUGGCUAUAACCUAUUUCGAUGAUAUCCUCGUGCAUGCCAAGUCAUUUGAAGAACUACUGAUUAAAAUCGAAAAAAUUCUGAUUCUUUUGAAAAAUGCCGGAUUGACUCUUAAUUUAAAAAAAUGUAGGUUUGGCCUCGAAGCCGUCGAAUAUUUGGGAUUUACGAUUGGAAAGGGGGGAAUGAACCUGGAGAAAGGAAAAUCCGUGCGAUUUUGGAAUUUCCUACUCCAAAAAAUAUCCAUGAAGUUCGAGCAUUCGUGGGUCUAA